AUGAUUGUCGGGGUAGUCCACCAGGCUUCCGCCAACGGUCGCUCGGAUAUACUCAGAGUCUUGCUGAAAGCCGGAUUCGAUGUUAAUCUCCGUGACUACAGCGGAGAGACGGCACUUCACUGUGCAGCAGCGUUUGGACAUAACGACGUGGUAGAAAUCCUCCUUCAGCAGAAGGGAGUGAUGCUUGACGUCCGCGACGACAAAAGGCGCACACCUCUUCACUGCGCGGCCGGGAAUGGCAAUCUUGAAAUCAUUAGAUUGCUUCUGCAACACGAAGUGGAGUCGACUGCAAAGGACGAAAGCCACCGCAAUGCACUUCACUUUGCGGCAACACGAGGACAUUAUGAAGUAAUUGACGAGCUCUUACGCCACAAUCAGGCUCUUGAUGUCGAUGCUCGAGAUGUCAAUAACGUGACACCACUCCACCUAGCCGCUGGGUACGGAUCCGUGAAGUCUGUAGAACUGUUGCUGGAGCGGAAGGCAGAUGCUGAUGUCUCGGACAACAAUGAACGAGCGGUGCUCACCUAUGCGAUUGACGGUCUUCAACAUGCGGAUAAAGCCGGCAAAAGGGGUCGGUAUGAGGAUGUAAUAAGCCUCUUACUGCCCAAGACUGGACUAGAAGUCUGCAAGCGCGUGGCAUGUCCUAAAGCUGUAAAAGGAGUAUGCAAUCAUGACAGUCUGAGGCAAAUUGUCUGUCGAUUUGUUGCGUGUAAAUCGGGUUAG